AUGAUGAGAGCAGCUAUGGUGAGAGAGAAGGAAGACCAUAAAACUCAUCUGCAUCGAGUCGCGUCCUCAAAUUUACCCGUCGUACCUCGAAAGUCUUGGGAAUAUUAUGUCGCGAUCUUACAACCAGGAAUCUCUUUGGAGAAAUGUGAACAUGGAGAUUUUUUAUGGAUCAAGGUUAAGAAGACUGUGACUAUCGAAAAAAUUCUGGCAUCGCACUUUAAGAGAACCGGUCGAAAUUCCAUUCUCAUGGAUGGCGACGUCGGUUUGUCAAUCGAUACCAAAAUCGAGGAUAUCAAAUGCUUGGGACUUGCCGUAUAUGCAUUCUGGGAGAUUGUCAAGGUUGAGAAAUGGUGGGAGUAUACAGUUUCCUCGACAUAUAUUGAUGAAAAGACGAGGUCGAUGAAGGUAGAGAAACAUGGGAGAUUAUUGGAGAAUACGGUUCUCUCAGCCAUGGCACAUGAGGAAACGGGGUUGAUUGAUUCCAGUGAACUCCUUCAGAUUACAUCGGCUAAACCUUGUUCGAUUGAGAAGAAAGAGGAAUCCAGGAGCUUGUUGAAAAUGACGGUCGAUUCCACCUUGACGGCAUAUGAAGAAAUGAGAGCGAUUAAGUUCAAACGCAAGACCAAGUCGUCUCUGAGUGAAAAGAAAGAAGAAAAGCCUUGGAGUUGGGAAACUACAGUCCCAUCAAUCAUAGAUAAUACUGUAGGAGCAAGGAGAAAGCAAACUCUCAGAGAGCUUUCAAAGAAUAAGUCAAGCAUGGCACCCUCAGUUGCAACGAAAGAAGAGAAGUCCAAGGAGCGAUCAGAAGCCGCAUCAACCAACAAAGCAUCUUAUGUUAUUAAAGCAGGACAGAAACGGAAACUGGGGAAAGCGACAAAAGGAGAGAUGUUGAAAAGAGAAUUAGCUCAAGAGGAUAGGGCCGAAAUCAUCAAACGUAGGAGGAUAGAGUUGGAAUCAGAAGCUACUAACGAGAAGAUCAUCCAACAAAUGAGAACGGAGUUAGACAUAAAACUGGAUCUCAUGAAGUUGAAAAACGAAAAGGCACCAGCGAUCAACUUGCUAAAACCCUUCGUUGAAAACACAAAAUUGGAUUUAAAACGACACGACGACUAUGUCGCCAAACAGCGAAAAAACAUGGAGGCAAGUUCCCAAAGAUUCGGGAAAUUGCAGUUUAAAGAAAUUCUCAAACGAUUCGAGAUUUCAUGGGAACGACAAAGGCAAGAUAUUAUCAAUAGAGAUCCACAGUUCAAACAGAGUGUUAAGUCUGAACCUCAAAAGUCAACAGAAAAGACUACUUCAAAUGAUCAAGAUCACGGUUCCCUUGAAUCCAUUCUCAAAGAGAGACAAAUUCACCUUGACCUUCAAGCUAUCCAGAGACAACUCGAUAUCGCAAAACGCGAAUACACACAAUCAAAAUAUACUCUUCGCUACUCUGGCAAUACCGUUCGUUUGGAGUGCGCAUACUGUCCCAAUAUCAAUAUUCAAAUGGGAUUGAAAGACUAUCGAAAUGUUGCUGGCAUAGUGAAAAGGCAUCAAACGUCGAAGGAUCAUACAGAUAAUCGAUACCAUGAAGCCCUGAGGAACGAAGCGGCCGAAAAUCAAAAAACAACAUCUAGGUCGGAUAUACAGCAGUUGCAAACAACAUCCAGGCACUGA